GCCAGUGCCUGCCGGCGAUUGGCUGCAGCGGGAGUGGGCGGUCCGGCCGGCAGCGGUUACCCGGGGUUUCCGGUGCGCGGUCCGAGUGGAGGACGCCGUUGGACGUCGGCGGUGAGAGCACAAUGAAGAACCAAGACAAAAAGAACGGGCCUUCCAAGCAGUCCAACCCGAAAGGCAGUCCAGGGCAACCGGAAGCAGGACCGGAGGGAGCCCAGAGACGGUCCAGCCAGUCGGCUCCUGCUGCAGAAGCUGAAGGUCCCACAAACCAGGCUCCUAGGAAGACUGAGGGGGCUCAAGCCAAAACAGCUCAGUCUGGGGCCCUCUGUGAUGUCUCUGAGGAGCUGAGCCGCCAGUUAGAAGACAUUCUAAGUACAUACUGUGUAGACAACAAUCAGGGAGGCUCGGGUGACGAUGGAGCACACGGUGAGCCCGCUGAACCUGAAGAUGCAGAGAAGGCCCGGACCUAUGCAGCGAGGAAUGGGGAGCCUGAGCCAGGGAUUCCAGUAGUCAAUGGCGAGAAGGAGCCCUCCAAAGGGGAGACAGGCACAGAAGAGAUCCGGGCAAAUGAUGAGGUGGGAGACCGCGACCACCGAAGGCCACAAGAAAAGAAGAAAGCCAAGGGUCUGGGAAAGGAGAUCACUUUGCUGAUGCAGACACUAAACACGCUGAGUACCCCAGAGGAGAAGCUGGCUGCACUGUGCAAGAAAUAUGCUGAACUGCUGGAGGAGCACCGGAAUUCACAGAAGCAGAUGAAACUCUUGCAGAAAAAGCAGAGCCAGCUCGUGCAGGAGAAAGAUCACCUGCGUGGUGAGCAUAGCAAAGCUGUCUUGGCCCGAAGCAAGCUAGAGAGCCUGUGCCGAGAGCUACAGCGACACAACCGGUCCCUCAAGGAAGAAGGUGUGCAGCGGGCCCGUGAGGAGGAGGAGAAGCGCAAAGAGGUGACUUCACACUUCCAGGUGACACUGAAUGACAUUCAGCUUCAGAUGGAACAGCAUAAUGAGCGGAACUCUAAGCUGCGUCAAGAGAAUAUGGAGCUCGCUGAAAGGCUUAAGAAGCUGAUUGAGCAAUAUGAGCUGCGUGAGGAGCAUAUUGACAAAGUCUUCAAACAUAAGGACCUGCAGCAGCAGCUGGUGGAUGCCAAGCUCCAGCAGGCUCAGGAGAUGCUGAAGGAAGCAGAGGAACGGCACCAGCGGGAGAAGGAGUUUCUCCUGAAAGAGGCAGUGGAGUCCCAGAGGAUGUGCGAGCUGAUGAAGCAGCAAGAGGCCCACCUGAAGCAGCAGCUUGCCCUGUACACAGAGAAGUUUGAAGAGUUCCAGAACACUCUUUCCAAAAGCAGUGAAGUAUUCACGACAUUUAAACAGGAAAUGGAAAAGAUGACAAAGAAGAUCAAGAAGCUGGAGAAAGAAACCACCAUGUAUCGGUCCCGUUGGGAGAGCAGCAACAAGGCCCUGCUGGAAAUGGCUGAGGAGAAAACCCUGCGAGACAAAGAGCUGGAAGGCCUGCAGGUGAAAAUCCAGCGACUGGAAAAGCUGUGCCGAGCACUGCAGACAGAGCGCAAUGACCUGAACAAGAGGGUACAGGACCUAAGUGCUGGUGGCCAGGGCCCUGUCACUGACACAGGCACUGAGCAGAGGCCAGAGGCUGCCACUGCCUCCAAGGAACAGGGUGGCGAGGGCCCUGGCACUCAAGCACCCAGCCCUCCAAGGGCUACGGAAGCUUCUGGAUGCCCUGGAGCACCAAGCACAGAAAGAUCAGGCCAAACAGGGCUCCAGGAGCCCACCUCUGCCACCGCCUAGAGAGCAUGGUGCUUGGGCAUGCUGGGAAGGGAGCAGCAGCCCAGUCAAUCCUGGUCCAUACAAGGCUCCCACACUGAGCAACCCAAUGCUGAGGCCAGGGUGUUUGACCUGGUAGGCACUGGACACUUUGCAAUUUUGAAUUUUGUGGGUUAGUCUUUAAUUACAUGGAUGGGGCACUUGUGCAAGGCCUCAUACAGUUACGUAGUUACAUCUGUAAGUGUACUGUGGGCUUGCAUCAAGGGUGGGGUAUACAGAUGAUGUUGGUGGCUCCUCUGACCUGAAGAGUCUCAGGAGGUAUCAUCUGUAGCUGCCAUCACAGGGAGCUUCCAGGAAGUGACUUGAGCAUUUUCCUGCCUGGUUUGAGGCUCAGAUCCCUUCCAGCCCUUUUCAGAGCUUGUGACAAGUGAAAGCACCCAGGCCUGGACUCCAUUCUUUUGUGAGCAGGACUUGGACAUUUUGGACUCUUGUAGUUCCCCUGGAGGCUCCAUGGCUUCUCCUUGGCCUUGGAAUGGUGUCCCUGGACAGAACUUUGUCAGGACACUCUGAACUGGUAUUUGUACUGUUUUCCAGCCCAAGACCAGGAAACUGGAGGGUGUGCCUGUAUGGGAUGGUGCACUGCUUGGGAGCCCCUCAGUCACUGCUUCCCAUGCCCUCUGGUAGUGCCAGGAUCAGGCCAAUGUUGCUUCUCAGUUCUCAGUAGCCUUAUCAUUCACAGGUGCCUCUAGCCUGCACAAGUGAUGGACAGAAGAUCACCCAAAGGAUUCUUUUUGAAGGUUUUUUUUGUGCAUAAGAGAUGGUAGUGUCCUCUGAGGAAGAGGAGUACUGUAGUGUGGCCCCAGGUGCCUGGCCUCCGGAGCCCACUCCUCACAGCCCCAUUCGGGUCCUUUGCCAUGGUGCUGAGGUUUCUUGUUUGGGAAGAUGAUAUUAAGAGAAAGAAAAAGGCUUCUCAUAGCUUUGCCACAAGCUUGCCUAUGGGUUUUAGUCCUGGGAAGUCACCACUGAUACUCCUCACCACCAUCUCUGUGAAGCCAUUGCUUGGCCCCAGGUCCAGCCUUGGCUUAUGGGUCUGUUUUUGCUCCUACCCCACCCAAAUGAGCAAUCGUCAAGAACGACUCUGGUGCCAUUUCAUAGCACCUUGACCAAGAAAGAACAGUCCUUGGGAUUUCACUUCUACACAAGCCACCACUGGUCUUUCAGGUCAAGAAUGACUUCUAACAGACUAAUCCCUGGAAACAAAGUGGUUGCAGGGAGUUGUAUUUGCCUCCCCCUCAAAUAUGUUACCAUGUUCUGUGUGUGCCUGCUCUAGGCUGAAGUUCUUGUUGCACACCUACCAGGGUACCAGCGGUUACACAGCAGUUUUCUGGAACAGCAGUUUUAAAAACAGGGCUGGUGGAGCUCAGCUUCAGAGAGUUAAGGGAACCAUAGACCAAGAUGGGAUGAAUGGGAUUUUGCUUCUUGCUGUAUUACAAGUAUUUUACUGUCCUAUAACUCUCUUCACAACUAGCCCUUAAAUCCCCUACAUAAAUAAGUACAUGAAUUGAGCUGGGUGUGGUGAUGUAUGCCUGUAAUCCCAGCUCCCCCAACAGGAGGAUUGAACUCCAUACCAGUCUGCUAGGGAGCAAGACCCUGUAUCAGAAAACCAAAAAAAAUAGGUUGAUAAAGAAUAUUAUACUUCUGAAUCAUGUGGCUUAGACCAGAGAUAGCAAAUGAAUCACCUUUUCCCCAUGGGAGGCAUCAUUUCAAAUGCUGCUACCCUGGUGUCUUCAUUCAGGAUGCCCAGCAGCAUCCCCUGAGUAAGUGGUGAGACUUCUUUGCCAUACCUGACUGCGAGCUGUUGUCCUGUGGAGUAUUUCCCAAGGUCUUUUCCCUCUGAAAUUGUAUUUGGCAUGGUCCUGCCUCUCUGAUCCAGUAAGGCCUCUCCACCCUCGUGCCAGGUUGAGGUACAUGAACUGUCAUCCCCAUGGGGCUUCCUAGGCUGCAAAGGGGUAGGGAGAGGAGAGAUUUUCCUGUCUCAGAGAACAUGGAAAGGCUGACUGGCCCACAUAAUGGCCUGUCCCACUUCAGCUACCUCUUAAAAGUCCAUGGGGGUUGCAGCUGUUGGAUCGCAGUGUGGUAGGAGGAAGCUACAAUGUGCCAGCAAUCCUAGGAUGGGUAGAACCUCAACUGUUAGCUCUGUCCAUUUCUAGGCCCCCAGGCCAAUGUGUGGAUGGUGGUCUCAACCUUUCUCUUCCUCUUCAAUGACCAAAUCUCUUACCAGUCACUACAGCUGCUCUGCUUUCCAAAGUCAGCCCAGGGCCUGGGCCAGCUGCAGGGGAGGUGGCCUAUCUGAGUGAGGGCCAGUGCCUUCCUCACCCAAGUGAGUCCGUGCACAUGACCUCAGUUUUAGGACCAAGAGCUGUGUUGGUUUCUUAGAUUGUUAGCUUUUUUUCUCUAGAGGACCACAGUAGGUGAGGCUCCAAGGCCAGAGCCCUUGGCUGUGCUAACUCAUGUUUAGGUCCUUGUCCAGUUGAGCUUUGCGUGCACCAUGUCAGCAGCACUUUUUAUUUCUCUUUUCCAUGAGGUUUAUGGACCAUAGGCAGAGCUCAGGCACUUUCUGUAUGAAUGUGAUUUAAAGAGGCUGAUCCAGAGUCCAGUGGAGCUGCCCAGGUGUCUGCAGGGAGGCUGAGGCCUGCUGAGUGCUGCCCCAGCCCUUCCCACCUUCCCAGCACAGGUGAAUAGCCAGGCAGCUGUCUGCCCCCUGGGGGAAGAGGCUGCCUCUGUUCCAUAACUACUUUCCUUGCCCAACUAGACUUGUUUGAAAUUGUGCUGACAGGUUUUGGUUUUUGUUUUCUGGUGUGUGUGGGGGUCUCCUUUUGGUAUUUACAACAGCCAGGGACUUGAUACUGAUGUAUUUUACACCACAUUAAAUAAAUAAAGAGUCUAUUGCCUUA